CUGCGAUCAAGAAGGCGGUCCACCACGAAUUGGUCCCUGCAUUGCACAGCGCGGCGGAACAAUCCGUUCAACGGCCUUCGGGUCAUUGACAGGCGUAUUCUUUGGCACUCUUCUCUCAUCGAGAGAUCCCCUUUUCAUCAGUGCUUGGGCUAUAUAUGCUUGAGGUUGGAGAAGAGGUACCAUGUAGACAUAUUCCCGGUCUUAGAACUAUUGAAGCUCCGGUUUAAGUAGCUCUUGGCUUUUUACUAUUAAUCGUCGUACCCACAUGACAUUCCCCCUGGGCGCCCUUUAUCGGUGACGUCAUGCGCUAUUGCCACAAUGUUCGUCUAUCUUACCUUUAAUAUAUGAACAACAUCACCCCACCCAACUUUCCUCAGCUAUCAAUAUCUUCACUUCCCUUUUACCCAGCAUCAUUCUUCUCCUACCCCCGUACUUUAUUUAACCUUUUUAAUCAUCAAUCAACACUUAUCAUUAUCACCAAAAUGCCUAUCCCUGUCUACAACAGCGACCAAGACCAAACGAAACCCACCACUAGCACCGCUGGCCAGGCGUCGCUUGACACCCUAUCAUCCACAAACAAUGGCGGCGAUCGCGUCCUCGGGACUGCAUCCGGUGAUACCGUCACGGCACCCGGCUAUUCUACGUCGAAUGAGGCGCCUCUGAGUAAGGAGGAGGCGGAUCGCUUGUACGAAGAGAGGAUGGAGGAGGAGUAUGCGAAGAGAGAAGGAGGUGCUUAAUCGACUGUAUCACAAGCAUAUAUGGAUGUAUAUAUUAUUAUGAAUAGGAGUUAUGAAGGCAUAUUGGACUGUUACAGUGCCACAGUUGUUGUUCGAGUAUCCCAGCCGUAUAUAUAAAAGAGCCCCGCAUCUAUAGAAUGAUCAUAAGAUAUGAUGUCAAAACGAUCAGGUUGGUGAUCCUAUAGACCUAUCAAGAAGGCAUAUUUAGGUGGGAAUCUCGAGCCUGAUUACCACUAUAUAGUAUCCAACCAUCCACAUGAUUUCGCAAAACACCUAUUCAGGUGCCUGCGAUACCAGGUAAUUUUCAUGGGCGUAUUCAAUACAAUCCUUAGACUGUCAUGCUGACUUUCUGCUGGAAACUUCUUGAUGUGUCAAUCAAUGUCAUUUGUUUACUCCCUUGAGCCUCCACGGCUUGCUUUCUCUAUCAGUCGUCGGGAGUGGGAUAGAUGUCCAAAAGGCGCAGUUUCCGACCCGUUUGGGUGUGCUGAUGGGCCACAAUUUGGAACCAGACACAACAUGCACCGAGAUCUUCUCCCACAAUCAUCCCUAGUCUGACAUAUAGGAAAUAAACACACCCCUUAAAAGAAAGAGCCAUCAUCUUCAAUGCGCAUGGAAUUGAGGAAAAAAAUCAAA